GUGGUGAAGCAGAACCACUUCCUUUGGUUCGCAGGCACAGCGACAACGCUUCAUUGGUGCCCGGAUGGGUCUUCGUGCAUGUGCCGAAAACGGCGGGAACAAGCAUUUGGGAUGCGCUUGGCCCUUCCUACACUGACUCAGGGCGAUAUCCCGAGAUAGAGUUCGCUUGCAUGAAGCAUAACCCUCCCAGAGAUCAUGUUAGGAACAGCUUCGGGAUUGUACGUGAGCCAUGUGAUCGGCUGGUGUCCGAAUUCGCCUGGGGCAAAAACCAGGCCUGGUUCGACACCUACUACGAGGACUUUGGCGUUGUGAAGGCUUGGCCACCCACCUGCGAGAUGUUCAACGGCUGGGUACGUGCAGUCCUCCGACGUUACGCUGAGCGAUCGGACGUUGAAGACUGCCACAU